AUGACUGACGAUGAUGUAGACGGUGAUCUUCGACAAUGUCAAGAUUUGAUGGCAGAAGCGUACGCGUGUCAACCUAGUUUUGAUCCUUUGUCAGCUGAUGAUCUUCGACGAGUAACAGCGAUUGUUCGUGCACCUUGGACUGAAGGUGGACCGACAAUGAUACGAACAAGAGAACAAUAUGUUGGUAAUUAUUCAGUUCGCAUUCGUAUCUACUAUCCAGACAAUACUCAAAUCCUUCCAGCACUCAUUUAUAUUCAUGGAGGUGGCUGGACAAUCUUUAGUCUUGAUACACAUGAUCGGCUUAUGCGAGAAUAUGCAGGUCGAGCCACGAUUGCCGUUAUAGGUGUAGAUUACAGUCUUUCUCCUGAAGUAAAAUAUCCAAGGGCUAUUAAAGAAAUCGUUUCAGUAGUUCAAUGGUUGAGAAAUCAAAAUUCUACAGAAUUAGGAAUUGAUUUACAUCGAAUAGCAAUCGGCGGUGAUUCGGUCGGUGCAAAUCUCGCUGUUGCAACAAAUAUACGCUUACGUACCUUAAACGAACCAGUUUUAACAGCUCAACUACUUAAUUAUGGUGUCUAUGACCGUGUUAGACCUGAAUUGAAUUCGUACAAGCGUUAUGAUGGUCCUAAAUAUCGAGUCACAGUUGCCGAGAUGCAUUAUUUCUGGAACAACUAUAUACGCGAUGAGCAAGAUUUUGAAGAUCCAUUGGUGUGUCCUCUUCAUGCUGAUCUUCAUGGUCUUCCACCAAGUUUUCUUGUCAUUACCGAAUGCGAUAUUCUUGCCGAUGAAAAUCGAGCCAUGGCAAAAGCAUUGCGUGAUGCCAAUGUGAUGGUCGAAGAGCAUGUAUAUACUGGAGCAACACAUAGUUUUCUCGAAGCUGUUAAAAUUGCAGCAAUUAGCAAUAGAGCCUUGGAUGAAGCUGCUCAGUGGCUUGUUCAUCAACUGAAGACUACCUAA